ACACCAUGUUGUUGCGGUAAAGAACUACCAUGUGACUUCUUCCUCUAACCCAGAUUCCUUCAGUUAAGUAGAACCUCACUAAUUUAUAUCCAUCUUUGUUUUUAAUUCCUAAAAAAAUGCUGCGAAGAAAGCCAUCCAAUGCAUCAGAAAAGGAGCAAAAUCGAAAACCAAAGCUCUCUCUACAAAGGUCAAGCAGCUUCAAGCACUUUGAUCGCUCAAAACCACCGUCAUCACCAUUGGUUAAUGAACAAGAGCUGAGCAUAACCGAAAAUGCAGAGGUGGUUGAUACUAUAGCAGCUAGCACAGAUGAGGCCACCAAGUCUGGCAGCAAACUAGGAAAGAAAUGGAGAGCAGUUAUUUCACGUACUAUGAACAGGAAGUCUGGCAGAAUGAUGGUGAAAGCUUUAGCAGAAGAGAAGAGUGAAAGUGCAGAAGAAAGUCCCAUGUCUCCAAUGACACCUGACGAUCUCACAUAUCUAAGACUAGGGGACAGGGCCUCAUACUCAGCAAGUGAAUCAGAAGAGUACAUCAACAGUCCACUCAGCCGACAGACUUCAAAUAGUGGAGAUCCAUUUACCCCAGAUUCUGAAGUCAGCAGCAGAGACAGUGUCCAAUUAGAUAACGUUCCACCUCCAUACCUUGGACCAUUCUGUGGCCGUGCCAGGGUCCACACGGAUUUCACCCCAAGUCCAUAUGAUGUUGAAUCUUUGAAACUCAAGAAAGGAGAUAUCAUAGACAUCAUUGAGAAACCGCCAGUAGGGACAUGGACUGGCAUGCUGAAAAACAAAGUAGGAUCCUUUAAAUUUAUUUAUGUGGAUAUCCUACCAAAUGAAGUAGAACAACCUCGGAAAUCAAGGUUGUUCUCCAAGAGCAAAAGGCCCAAGCCUAAGAAUCUGCAAGAGCUAUUGGACAGAAUUAAUCUACAGCAAGAGCUUACUUCCACUUUGCUGUUAAAUGGCUACCAGACUCUGGAUGACUUUAAAGAGCUGAAAGAGACACAUCUGAAUGAACUGAAUAUCCUGGACCCUGAGCAGAGAGCCAAAUUGCUCACAGCUGCUGAACUACUCAUGGACUAUGACACAGGAAUUGAAACAGAAGAGCAGGAAGAGAAUACCGAUGCACAACUCUCCAGCUCAGCUCCACUGUGUGAUAUUCCACGGGAUUCAGGCUGCUAUGAAAGUUCAGAGAAUUUGGAGAGUACGCAAGAAGAUUCAGAAUUAAGCAUCACCGAGGAGCAACUCCCAGAGCCUCCUGCUGAAAAUUGAGCCACAUCAUUCAAGCAGUUGAACAAAGGGACUUGAGUUGACAUACAGGGGCCUAAAGAAUGCAAAACAUAGUUGCUUGAAAACUGCAAUAACUCUUUUACAUCAAGCCGCAACAUACCACAUCAUAAUUGAGGAAUACUGUGAAUUGGAAAGCAUGUUUUCUUGUUUGGUGUUUAUUCUAUAUUGUCCUGCAUGAUAUUCAGCUUCAGAAAGUUAGGGAAAAGAAUAUUUUGUGGGAAUUUAUGAUACAAAUCUUGUGCAUAUUCCAGGAUCCAAUUAGGGUUCUGUUUACUGGGGAUUAAAGGACUGACAGAAGUGGGCUUUCCUUGUCAGGAAGCACUUCGUCUACAUGUAUUUACUCAUAUAUUAUAAUCAUUGAUAUUUCUUUAGCGUGAGCUGAUUCCAUAGAAUACUUAAGAUGCAAGGAUAAUUUCAAAAUAUUCAUUAUCAAUGGAGGCCAUGUUCAUAGAUCAGAAAUUUACGGGCAAGUCGCCAACAAUGUUUUGAUCCAUGAAGCUAGUGGAUGAAAGAUUAUGACAGCUGUCUUGAGGUUUUCUAUAAACCCUUCCCUUAACGAUGACAAAUCACAUAAUAUACACCUGGUUCUAUUCAUGAGAAAAUGGACCCUUGGUGGUAGGUGCAAUCAUAUGAAGACCAUGAGCUAGGCAUUUUAUAGGUACGGUUGAGGAAUGGAUUUCUCAUUUUGAAAUUCAAUUGUUUUGUAUGAAGAUUUUGUACUCUUGCAAGCCUGACUUUGAAAUGUAAUUUUUUAUAUAAAUCUGCAGCUUAUCUUUAUAUUUUUCUACUUAAUUUUAGAACUGGAGUGUACUUUAAUUUCAAUAAAGCAUUUAUUUGCUUAA